CGAAAAAACAGUAGACUUUAACUUCCCUGUCCUUCCCAUAUUUUCUCUCUCUUCAAUUCAAUUCUUCAGUUCUAUUCUCCUUAUUAAUAUAAUUAGGGUUUUGUUGUAGUAAAAUUAGAGUUCUUAUUGAUUGUAUUUGAUCGAAUUUUGGUAGUGGCAAUGGGAGGGGUAUGUUCAGGUGGAGUUAUGAAAAGGAAAGAUUUAGAAUUCGAGAAGAAUGUUUCUUCUUCUGCUCCUGUUGAGUAUUCUGGUAAAUUCAAGACUGUUAAAAGCUUUGAUGAUAAAAAUCAAAGGAAAGAUCUGAAUUUAGUUUCUGAUACUAAGAAUAAUUGUUAUGAUGAUGAUUAUGUUGUUGGUGAUGAUGAUGAUUAUGACGGUGUAUAUGGAAGGAAUUCUUCACAUCCUAUGUAUGAUCUAAGUGAAUAUAGGUUAUCAUUUUCAAGUGAAUUGAAACCUACUCCAAUCCCCGUUAGGCCUGCCAAUACCAAGGUACCACAAAUGAGCUCAUUUUUAGGAAAAGCUGGGAAUGUUGGUUUGGAGGUUUUAGAUACACUAGGGAGUAGUAUGUCAAAUUUGAAUGCAAGCAGUGGCUUUUCUUAUGGGAUUGCACCUCGAGGAAAUAAAAUAUCUAUUCUAGCAUUUGAAGUAGCUAAUACGAUUGUGAAAGGUGCAAAUCUCUUGCAAUCACUUUCGGAGGAAAACGUGCAGUUUUUAAAAGAAAGUGUUCUACAUUCAGAAGGUGUACACAGACUAGUAUCUACCGAUAUGGAGGAGUUGCUGAGGCUUGCUGCUUCAGACAAAAGGGAGGAAUUCAAUCUUUUUUCGCGCGAAGUCAUUAGAUUUGGAGACCUCUGCAAAGACCCCCAGUGGCACCAGCUGGGUCGCUACUUUCAAAAUUUAGAUACAAAUUUUGCCGCACACAGACAACACAGAGACGAGGCAGAAAAGACAAUGCACGCUCUUAUGGCCUUAGCUCAGCAUACUUCUGAACUGUACCAUGAGUUAUCUCCAUUGGACAGACUUGAACAGGAUUACCAGCGAAAGCUUGAAGAGCUAGAGUCUUUAAAGCUUCCUAAAAGAGGAGAGAAUGUGAUGAUAUUACGUGGUGAGCUGAAACAGCAAAGAAAGCAUGUUAAGAAUUUGAAAAGGAAAUCUCUUUGGUCGAAAAAUUUGGAUGUGGUUGUGGAGAAACUCGUCGACAUUGUUACCUUUAUACAUCAGGAAAUUGUGGAAGCGUUCAGCAGCAACUAUGCCACGACAGGUUGUACCAUUGCUAACGAGGAACAAAUUCAUAAGCCUCAACGACUAGGUGCAUCUGGCCUCGCACUACACUAUGCAAACAUCAUAAAUCAGAUAGAUUGUAUUGUCUCUCGUCCAAAUUUCUUACCUCCUAAUGUGAGGGACACGUUGUACAGUGGUUUGCCUACUGGUGUUAAGACGGCUCUCCGUUCUCGAAUACAAUCAUACAACGGGAAGGAAGAGUUGACGGUUCCUCAAAUGAAGGCUGAGAUGGCGAAAAUCCUCGAUUGGCUUUUUCCUGUAGCUACAAAUACAACCAAAGCACAUCAAGGUUUUGGAUGGGUUGGAGAGUGGGCAAACACAGGCAAUGACUUUAACAAAAAGACGCCAGGACAAAAUAGCUUGAUGCGCAUCCAGACACUUUAUCACGCAGAGAAGGAGAAGACAGACACAUAUAUUCUUGAACUUGUAACAUGGCUUCAUCGCAUGAUCAGCCAGAUAAGAAAUAGAGAUAAUGGAUCCAACAAGUCACUGGCUCCCGUUCGAUCCCUUAGCCAGAAGGCUGUGGUUUUACUGGUUGAAACGCAAGAAGAUCCGCCAAGAAAAAAUCAAACUAACUUGGUUUUUCAGCUCUCUCCAGAAAUUCAAGACAUGUUAGCUGAUGUUAGCUUUAGAAGGUUGAACCCCGGGAUAAGUAAAAGUCAAGAAUUUAGGAGUCGCGGUAAAAGGAGAACAACAAAUAGGUUGAGGAUGAGCAAGAGCAGUGGCAGCUCUCCAACUAGAGAGUUCAACAAAACAAAGACUAACAGUUUGGAUGUGAUUGAUGGGUUGGAAACAACUAGUUAGAAAAAUAAUUCUUGUUUUUUCUUCUUUUUUAGUUUCAGAUAGUUCUCUCACUGGAGAACUACCAUUUUCGCCGGAUUAUAUUUUCUCGAUAUAUUUGUAUAUAAACCAUACUUGUGAAGAAGGUUUACAAUGUGUACAGUCAUGUUUGAAUUGAAAAUUUUAUUUGUUUUGAGAUGUA